UUCAGUCAAUUUUAAGUUAACUGCACUCAUAUCAUUUGAUAAAGUUGACUGUUGGGUUUUACAGUGUAUGUUAGUAGAAACAUAAAAAACGUGACUGAACUUCGCUGUACCCUUUACUACAUUUACCUUAUAUUUUGAUGAACAAGCCAGAAAUACAUUGUAGGUUAAUGUGAAAGUCAAAGUGUAUUAGACACCGCUAUGUUUCUGUGGUUCAGUGUGUGUUCCCACAGUUUAUGAUACACUCCGUGAAGUGAAACGCCAACACAGCACCAGCACAGGUGCAGCCGAGAGACUGCCAUGCCCAAAAUCAUGGAGCGCUGUGCCACAGAAAUACUAGCAUCCGAGAAAAGCUCAACCAUUAAAAUGAACAAUACCACAAUCAUCUUUAAUGUUUUAAAAAGAAAAAAAGUCAGCUACAUCUUUGAUGGCUUGAGGAAUCACAGGCACAAAGCUCUGGAUGAAGUCGGCUGUGGUCUUCAGGCUUGGUAGAGCAUGAGGAAAAGAGGUGUAGACUGGGAUGAGGAGUAAGAGAAUGGGCAGGUGAUCUGGUGCCCAAUAGCGCAGCAGAGGGCAGGGCCGCUCACAGAAAACACAUGGACGUCCAGCUAAUAAAUAAAGGCCAGCAGCCAGAUUGACCAGUGGUGCUGCUUGACUCUCACUUCACCUGUUUGCUGCCACUAAAACUGUCUGUCUGCCUGUCUGCCAAGAUGCUGGCCCGUGCACUCCUGCAGACCUCUCUGGUCCUGUGGCUGGUACAGAGCACCAUACAGGGAGGAGUUAGGCCACAGACUGGAGCUCUUGGAAGAUUGGCAAGUCGAGGGCCUGGCAUUGGUGCAAAAACUGGAGUGGCUGGAAUUCUCGGAGCUCGUGGCUAUGGAGCAGGCAAGGCAGGGAAAACAAGCGCGGGCCGUUACAUUGGAGGAGCAGCAUACAGACCCACUGCCGUCAGAGGAGGCCUGAAACAAGGAUAUGGGACGCUGGGUUACGGAGGGGCUGCAAACCUUGGUGCUGGCCUUGGCGCUGGUCUUGGGACAGGACUUGGGACUGGUCUUGGGCCAGCUGGACUUGGACUGGGAGCAGCGUAUGGUUUAGGCAAUGGGCUGGGAGCAGCUCUGGGUUAUCCCGGAGGAAAACUUGGAGCUAGAGGUUACACUGGUAAUGGCUAUGGAGCUCAGCUAGGUUAUGGUGCUGGUGGAUACCCUGGCGUUGGACGCGGAUAUGGUGUACCAGCUGGCACAUUCACAGGGCAAAGCUCAAAACCAGCAAAACUGGGUGUUGGGCCUAGAGGUGACCAGCCCAUGUCACAGGGACAGGCAGGUGAUGGUUAUGGUCCUGGAAGGUUCACUAAUGGUCAGAGUCCUAUUGGCAAUGGUUUCCCACCAGGACCAGGAUUGACCAAUGGAAUGAAAGCUCAAACUAAGGGAGCUGUCUUGCCCAGCAGACAGGGCACCAAACCAUCCAAUACGGGGUAUGGGCUUGGUGCUGCCGGAUAUCUUGGAACUGGGUAUACUGAUGGUUAUGGAGCAGGUCUCGGGGCCGGCUUAUAUCCACAAGGAGUUCGAGCAGGAAAGCAGAUCGCAGGCUACAGUAAUGGAUACGGCAGUGAGGUUUAUGGCACAGCAGACGCUUAUGGAGCAGGAGCUGCCUUCCCCUCAGUGUUGGCUGAUAAUGUUGGCCUGAACGGUAUAGCGGGCCUUGGAGCUGGUGGUCUUGGUGGUGCAGGACUGGUAAUGAACCCUGGUGUUGAUGCCAAGUCUAGAAAGUAUGGGGUUGGUGGAGUCCUUGGAGCUGCCGGAUCCUUGCCUUACGGAGGUCAGCCUGUGGUUUCAGCUGGACUCGGCCCUCAGGGCAAGACCGGUGGUUAUGGCGGAGCUACAUAUGGAGGAUUACCAACCCUUGGGCCAGACGCUGGUUUGGGUGGUACAGGUGGAGCAAUGGAGCCUUUAGCAGGUGGAGCUGUAGGCCAGAUUCCUUACAACUCACCAGUCAUCGCUGCUGGACUUGAUGGUGAGGCUGGUUAUCCUUUUGGUGCUGAGCAGCUCAGUCUGGGCGCUGAUGUUUCUAAGGCAGCUGCCAAAUAUGGCACAGGAAGCUAUGCAGCUGCACUAAGCACUGGCGCUCAAGCUCUCUCUGGUACACAGAAAGAUGGAAGCAAGCUUAGUGGCCUUUAUGGCAACGGGUACAAAGGUUGAUUUCUGAAGCCGUGCUGUUAACAUCCUCAAAUUUUUGGACCCUAUUUUUCCUAGUGUUCCUCACCGUUGUGCAGUUUUGUGACCAGUUUUGUUGUCGCUUUGUUUUAUGUGUCUCUUUAGGUGGAUUUUGUAUGUACAUGUUGUUUUGAUGUUCCCCCAGUCUGUCAUUUGUCUCGUCCAGUGGAGUGUUUCGUGUCCCUUGUGUGUCUCUGUAUCUAACUAAAACAUGCUAAGCACUUCAAUGGCUGUUAUUUUAAUUCUUAUGAAAAACUAAACAUUCCACCUUCUAACAUGA